CACCUGAACUUUGUGAUUCUGAUUCAUUACGCAGGAGCAUGGAUCCCAGUCUGACCAUUGUGCUAUUUGGAAACUCUUCAUCAGUCCAGUUUGGACAUGAAAACAUUUUACUAGGAGAAAAACAGACAAAUAUAGAAAAUGCAAAAAUAUCCAGCACUGUUCCUUUGAUGAGGAAAAUAUUAGAAUGUCAUGUAUCAGUGAUCAACAUGACUGGAUUACAUGAGACUGAUCACGAUGAUCAUUUCAUUCGUCAAAUACUGAAUGAAAAUGAAAUCCACACCUUCAUCUUUGUUGUGCGACUGGGUCAGUUAACAGAUGCUGAUAAGCUGGGUCUUGAAUGGCUUCAGAGAGUGUUUGGUGAAAAAGUUCUUCAAUUUGUGAUGAUUCUCUUCACCCAUGCGAGAGAAGAAGAGUGUGACACUAUAAUUGAUGAUCUAAAGAAAAACCCUGUUCUGGAACAGCUGCUGGAGAAAUGUGGAGGAAGAUUUCACAACUGCAACAAGAUGAUGAACAACAAAUCAGAGAUGAGAGACCUGAUGAACAAGAUUGAGUCUCUUUUUAAUGAGAAUCAACAGCAGUGCUACACUGGAGAGAUGUUCAACACACUAUUAAGGGAGAGAGAAAACCUGCAAAACAGUGGAAGUGAUGAAUACACAAUCAAUAAAGAAAUAAUGGAGCAAAUGGCUACCACAGGGACAAAGGAGAGACACAUGAUGAGAAAAACUGUUCACAUGUUAAAUGUGCUGUGGAGCAUCGCUGGCUUUCUUAUAAUUAUUUUCCUGGACUGUAUCAAACAACUACAAAAGGUAAUCUUUAAAGUGCUAUCAAAAGAUGGGAAGAGAUUGGGUCAGUACAAAGAGGACAAAAAUAGAGAGAAAGUAAAACAUCUCUUUAACAAACUGCACCUUAAAGACCAACAUGACAAACUGAGAACUGCAGAUGUUCUUCAGCUAACUGAACAUUCAUGUCAAACCCAUGAGUCUUGUGCUGAAGAGGAGCUGGUUAAGACUUUCCUACAAAAACUACAGAUGAUGAACUACAGAGCAAGAUACAUUAAAACCAAAGAGCAGACCAAUGAGCUGAUACCAAGACAGCACACAAAAGAUUCACAUGAAUACCAGGCUGAUGCUGAUAUUUUCAAAGAAAUGUCUUUAUCUAAUGAAGGAAAGAGAAAUGAUUACCCUGUUCACCCAAUGGAUGUUCAGAUGGCCUUGUUUCAUUGUGCUGAUGGUUUCCUGAAGCAGCUGAUAGUGACUAAACUGUCCCAGUGUCAGUACGCUCUGCCUCUGCUUGUUCCUGAUCCAUUCACACAACAGAUCGAGUUUCCUCUCUGGACAUUCAGACAAGUCAAGAAGAGCUGGAAGAUGAGAAACAACAAUAAAAUCAUCAGUCAAACCCAGCCGAACUUGCAGAGAGAAAUCAAAGAAUCAUUUCUGCCCUGUCAGGGGAAACUGUGGCAUCAGUGGAGUCAGAUGAACAAAGAACUACAUCGACUUCAAGCAGAUGAGAUAGAAAAGGAAAUAUGUAGAAAAAAAACAGAAAUGAAGAAAAUUCGUGAACAACAGCAUGAGUCUGGCAUCAGUGUGUUUAUGAAACUCUUUAUAAAACAAAUGAACUCACGUGGCGAACAUAAGCUGAUGUAUUUUCUUAAAUGGCUCAGAAUUCUCCUGGAUGAAUACAUCUCAGCUGACCUUUCUGCUCUACAUCACAAAUAUAAACAAACUGAACUUGAGAGAAUAUCUGAGGAACUUCAAGAUGCAACCUUUGGUUUGGAGCACAUCAUGAGGGAGAUCGGUCAGAUCUAUGAAUCUUGUUCAUCUGUCAAGAAGAACAUAAAAGACCUCCAGUAUAACUUCUUUUUUCUUCCGGGUCUUGCAGCAGAGAUGAUGAUCUCUGGAUUUCCACUGGAGCUGAUGGAUGGAGAUGCUGCUCAUGUUCCUCUGGUCUGGAUCUCUGCUGUUCUAGAUGAACUCACCCAGAGACUAGGAGACCAGGCCAGAGUCUUUGUGCUGUCAGUUUUAGGGAUCCAGAGCUCUGGGAAAUCCACCAUGCUGAAUGCCAUGUUUGGACUGCAGUUUGCCGUCAGUGCUGGCAGGUGCACCAGAGGAGCUUUCAUGCAGCUGAUCAAGGUGUCAGAUGAGAUGAAAACACAGAUGAACUUUGACUAUAUUCUGGUUGUUGAUACUGAGGGUCUUCGUGCUCUAGAACUGGCUGGAAGAUCAACAAGACAUCAUGACAAUGAAUUGGCCACAUUUGUUGUUGGUCUUGGAAACAUGACCUUGAUAAAUAUCUUUGGAGAAAACCCUGCUGAGAUGCAGGACAUUCUUCAGAUUGUUGUUCAGGCCUUCAUGAGGAUGAAGAAGGUCAGACUGAAUCCCAGCUGUGUGUUUGUGCAUCAGAACGUUUCGGACAUCACAGCUGGAGAGAAAAACAUGGAGGGAAGGAGACGACUGCAGGAGAAACUGGAUGAGAUGACAAAACUUGCAUCAAAAGAAGAAGUCUGCGAUGAAGAAUGUUUCAGUGAUGUCAUUGCAUUUGAUGUUCAGAAUGAUGUGAAGUAUAUUGCUCACCUCUGGGAGGGCAGUCCGCCCAUGGCUCCACCAAACCCAGACUACUGUGAGAAUAUUCAACAAUUAAAGGAAUCUAUUAUGUCUCAUGCCUCUGAAUCAGGUGGAAAGUUGCUGAUAAACUUAAAAUAUCGCAUUAAAGAUCUCUGGGAAGCUUUACUGAAUGAAAGAUUUGUCUUCAGCUUCAGAAAUUCGCUGGAGAUUGCAGUAUACCGGAAACUGGAGACUGAAUACAGCAAGUGGACCUGGAGUCUUCGCAGUGCCAUGAUGAACAUUGAGAACAAAAUACACAACAAAAUAGAAAACAAAGCAAUUCAAGAGGUUGAGGAAACUGAUCUUCAAAGAGAUUUAAAAAAGACAAGUGAAGAAGUGAAAACCUCAAUGUCAGAAUUCUUUGAGAAAGACAAAGAUAAAGAUAUACUGAUUCAAUGGAAAACAUCAUUUGACAUAAAAAUCAAAGAUGUUCAUGAAAACAUUGUGAGAAAAACAAAGAGGAAAUUAAAUGAGAUUCUUCAGCAGCGAGACCUUAAGAAAAAGAUUGAUGAUCAGAGGACAAACCAUGAAAACACUCUCUUUGAAAAGAGCAAAGAACUCGCCUUGAAUCUCAAAGACAAAGCAAACGAUGAAGAAACACUGAAGAAAGAGUUUGAUUUGUUUUGGAAACAGUGGAUGAAGAUGAUCAUCAGAGACACUCCAGCAAUCAAAGAUAUUGACAUAGUGAGAGAUGUGAGAGAGAUCCUCAGUGACAUCUAUGAAAGUAUUCCUGUAGACCACUGGAGCGAGAGCAGUGACUACAACACAAUUUUCACUGUGUCAAGUUAUUCUGCUUAUGUUAUUUUCAAAAAAACAGUUAAAGAAACAUUAGGAUAUAAUACUCUGUCUCAAGAGAAUGAAGGUCAAAUAAGAUCAUUAGUCACAGAUGUUGCUUUGCAGACAGAUAUAAUGAUUCAGUCAUUCAAUAUUUCAAAGAUGGGCUACAACAUCAGCUGCAUUCAACAAACCACAGGUUACAUCACAGCAAGAUUAAUAGAACAUCAGGAAGGGCCAGUGAAAUAUAAGUUCAAGAAUGAAUUCUUCAUGGAUUUGGUUCUUUCCAUCUGUAAGAAAGAAAACAAGAUGAUCACUGACCAGCACAGACUGUUCAGGGAAGCCAAUGAUCCUGUUCUGUAUUUGGAGAAGAAGAGAGAAGAGUACUAUAGUAUUUUCCAGAAAUACUGUCAUGGAGCAACAUCAGCUGCUAUUUUUGGUGAGAUCAUCUGUCAGAAACUUAAAGAGCCCUUUGAGCAGAGCGUCUACAAGAAGACUGCCAGAGAUCUGACGGAUGAAAUGAGAUCAAACUGUGAAUCACUGAAUGGAAACAGAUCAAGUCUGGAAAAACACAUGCUGAAAACACUGGCUGAAAAAGGGCAUUUUGACAAAUACAUGAACUACAUCAAUAAUCCCAGAUAUCACUUUAAGAGAUUCAUCAGAGAUGAAGUAAGUCGGUACAUCACUGAUAAGUUCAGUGUCAGUGUUUUACCCAAGAUGAAGGAGAACAUUAAACUCCUGCAGCAGAAGAUCAUGAAAGCAGCACAUGAAUCCACUGAACAUGUUCAUAAGAACAGAGGAGAUGCUGGUUUGUGGUUGAAGAGUUUCACACAGCAGCUCUCAGAAGAGCUGAUCUUCUCUGAAAAAGACCUCAGUGGAGUCAAACAUGAUGAUGUGGAUGAUUUCAACCUCCUAGAAGAUGUAAUAAGACAAGAACUUCCUGCUAUAAUUUUUGACAUCAGCAGUAGAUUUAACACAAAUACUUUUCCAGUAAAUCUGGACUAUAAGGACAAACCAGAUGAGCUUCUGAUUGAUCACUUCUGUCAGUGCUGUUGGGUUCAGUGUCCAUUCUGUGCAGCCAUCUGCACCAACACAAUAGAAAACCAUCCUGGAGAUCACAGUGUUUCUUUCCAUCGAGUUACUGGUUUAACUGGGAUGAAGUACAGGAAUACAACAAACUUGUCCAUUAGUAUUUGCACAUCAGCAGUAGCAAGCAAUCGAUCAUUUUAUCCCAGAAACUCAGAUGAUGCAGUCCUCUGGAGAGAAUACAGAAGUGCAGGAGAAGAUUAUGUGAAGUGGAGCAUCACCUCUGAUCUCUCUGAGCUGCCCUACUGGAAGUGGUUUGUGUGCAGAUUCCAGAAAGAUCUGGAAACACACUACAAUAGUACAUUUGAGGGGAGUGGUGAGAUCCCAGAUGAAUGGAGAAAGCAUUCAAAACAUGAAGCUUUGGAGAGUUUAGAUAAGUACACUUAAUAAAAUUGAACAAGUGAAUAAAUUGUAUUUGAUUCACAGGACAUAAUAUGAAAUGGCUUUCUUUCCCUCGCGUUGGUGACUUUGAAAUCCCCUAAACCUUCACAGAAUAGAAAGUUCACAGAAUACAUCAGAGAGAAGAAUUUAAGCAUAUGUUCUAUUAAAAAAAGAUUACUUCUCUUCCAGC